AUGAAGGCUACUCUUCACCCCUUCAUCGUGGCCAUUGGUCUCUCUUCGAUGGCCACUGCCUCUCCUUUGAACCGUGUCGUCAAACGUCAUGAGAUUGAGCAGUCUUCGACAGAUACACUCGAGGAUAAUCGCUAUGGAUGGACUUAUAACCAUUCCACACCUCCUUUUGCUAAAACUAAGGACACCCACGAUCCUACCGAUACUGCUGGCAUCAUGAGGGUCCUGAUCCAAACCUCAUUAACUCAAACCGGCCCGACGCUGGUUAACCGUGAUGAAGAUGCCACUACAUCAUCACCAUCUCCAACCACAUCAACUAUCUCGGACUUUCGUCCUCGCGAGGCCAUUGGUUUCGACACGUCCCAUUUCACCGCCGUCUCCAAGCCCUCGGUCACCUGGAAUGUCACCCACAGCCACAACCACAGCUAUACUCGCUCUCACCGGCCGAAUCACACAUACACCUCUUACGCCCACAUGAAUCCUCCCCAGCGACCUACCACCUCUGCCGCGCCUAUCGCCCGUGACCUGCAGGGUGAUAGCAAUGAGUCCGACACUAACGAUGACGAUGAUGACUCCUGGGACACAGCCACCAGGCUCGCCACUGAAACCCAUGAUUUGAACCGCAGAGAUCCAGAAGUUUGGAUAACGGUUGUCGCAACUUCGUAUGUGACCCAUCACCCCGAGGUCACCAGAACUGAGUUUCUUACCACUACCGUCGAUCCUCCAACCGGCACUUUACAACCUUCCAAACCCACCACCACUUCCUCCCCUCCUCCUCCUCCCCCUCCACCACCAGCAACCGCAUCAACCGCUCCCUCCCCAACCCUAACAACCCGCGCCACCACCCCUCCCACCAUCGAACCCAAAUCCCCCACUUGCCCCGUUGCCGGCACCGCCGGCUCCAACGUCUGGUGUCUCGGAGGCCAAACCUUCGCCCUGGAAUGCGACACAGCGCUUGACCCCUCUUCCAAUAACUUUGGGAGUAUCACCUUGCCUGCUCAAAACUGGGAUAUGUACGGCCGGUGCGGCGCGCUGUGCGCAGAUGUUCCUGACUCAAAAUGUACGGGGUUUAGUUAUAUCUGGGCGAGCGGGCUGUGUUAUCUUAAGGAGGGGGAUGGUGCGAAGAAUAAAGGGGGGAACAAAGCUGAAGGGAUCCAUUCGGGUAGGGUGGUGGUGUUGAAGGAGGAGGAGGUGGGGAAUUGUCUUGGGGUGAAGCCCAGGGUUGGGCAGUUUGUUGGGUUGAGUGGUUGA